AUGGAAUUUGAGACGUCCGGCGAGACACUCACCUUAUCCUGCCUGGAAACUGGAGAAUGGGAACCCCUCGAGAAAUGCAUCUGGGUGGAAUGCCUGGGGGACCCGGUGCUGCCUUCGAUGUAUUUCAUUUCAAACUGGGACGGGACGUCGAGGAAAGUCGGGACCACUUUCCAAUACAUGUGCCUCAUAGCAUUCCAAACGACCGUAGUUGGCCGUUGCGAGGAAACGGGGAAAUGGUCUUCCCCUCCUCUUCUCGACUGUGACCGGCAUUACUUGCUUCGAAGAGAGAGCGAGAAACGAGAGGGAAAGAAUUCAUCAGCCAACGGACUCGUUAUCAGGGCAAAGGGGAAGGUGGAAAGGACGCCGGAAGGAGGGGAGAUGGAUAUCUGCGUGGGAAGGGGGAGUGCCAAGGUCGACCGGUGCAUCGAAAGGGGAAAGGAAGGGAAGAAGGAAAGUGACCAAGAACCAACACCAGCAAUUCAGCGCCAACAAGGGAGGGGAUUGAAGUUCUGGGGCUCCUGUCGCACUCUUCCUCUCUGGAGGGGAUCUGGAACCGAUUACGCUGUUUCUGGCACCAUCUCAUGAGGGCAUGACGAACUGAGGACCCUGUCGCUGGUGCCAUCUGUGGAGGAGAUGAACAACUCACGACCCUGUCACUGGCAUCUCUGGAGGGGAUGUCAAACUGAGGAUCCUGCUGUUAACGGAAUCUCUGAGGUAUCGGGA